CUAGGUGGACAAUUUUGUGUGUGGGAAUUCUGCAAGGCCGACUGAGAAACGACCAAUUUUCCUCCAGCCCAGCAAAAGACCAACAUCACGCCGCCGCAACCAAAAUGUCGUCCAAGGUCGGAAAGAAGCCUGCGGGCAAGCAGCGCUCUGCCAUUGCCGAUGUUGUCGCCCGCGAGUACACUAUCCACCUGCACAAGAGACUACAUGGCGUCACCUUCAAGGACCGCGCCCCCAAGGCCAUUAAGGAGAUCAAGAAGUUCGCUACCCUGGCCAUGGGCACCACCGAUGUCCGCGUCGAUCCCCAGCUCAACAAGAAGGUCUGGGAGGGCGGUGUGAAGGGCUGCCCCUUCAGGAUCCGCGUCCGCAUCUCGCGGAGGCGAAACGACGAGGAGGGCGCCAAGGAGAAGCUUUACAGCUACGUCCAGGCCGUCAAUGUCAAGGACCCCAAGGGCCUGCACACGGUCGUUGUCGAGGAGUAAAAGUGGCGUUUACCAAGGAGAGGACGGACGGCACAACGGGUUUCUGGCGGCAUCUGGGCUUUACGGAGUUUUUGAUUGGCAUUAGCUUCCUCAACCAUCCCAAAAUAAAAAAAAGGACACAAGCGAGGCGGCUCGACCAACCCUUUGCGCGCCCCGACCCCGCAGGCGCUGGACUGGCAUACCGCGGAUGGUUGUCAUGGAGUACUGGAAGAGGCAUCUGCAUUUCACAAGGCCUCGGGUUACGUUAUGGUUGGCGGUUUAUAAAUGACGGUCUUAAACGGCCAUUUUUCUCAUUUACCUGCUUGUCGCCCAAGGUCGGCGUACCUUGACGGCGCACCUGUGCCAUGCUGGCCGGGUUACCUUGUUGACUCGAAGCAGAGCAGAUCCAAAAUACCUGGCUGUCUGAGCCCAGUCCGCGAGGUCGUAGUGCGCCCAGUGUCCCGUACAAUGUCCAACGAUUGCCGCCGAGUCUGAGGAAAGAAUCAA